GCUGACAGUGCUCGCAAAGUGUCAAAGUGAAGCGGAUGAAAAUAUUGAUACCCCACCGAGUGCUGUUGGAGUUGAGCGCGAUUAUUAUUUAUCUCAUCGUUUUGUUCAUAGAACAGGAAACCGUUCAAGGAGUGUCCGCGAUUUUCAGACGGGUGAUUUAUUUUUCUUCGGAAAAGUGGCGCGCAGAACGUGUGGUGUAGAAAAGUAGUGCAUUCCAGGGUAGUGCCCGUGAACCGGUCGUUCCGGAACCAAGGACCAGAUAUGGACAAUUAUGUGUCCGCAACCAACAUUAACAGCAUUAUCCACACAACCCUCAAAAGUGACUUGAAAACCAACAAUGUCGAACCGAAGCCUCCCCCUGCCAGAGAGGUUCCUCUGGUUGUUCCGGAAGAAACCCCACUCCUCGCCCACGCAUCUACCCCGGCGACAUCCACAGAAACGCACACUACUUUGCCCACCACCGUCACCCCAAAGUCCCACGGCUCUUCGACGGUGAAACCCCUUCCGCACAAACUAACCGAUCCCAGCUUACAGCAGAUCCCAACGGAAGAGCUGCUCGGAUCGGUCACUACCUUUUAUCCCAGUGGUGAUGCCGAGUGCGGCCAUGCAUUGCGCACCAGUGCACGGGUCAUCCACAAAAUGCGGAUGGACUCCAUUCGGGGCAGUACGCCACCUCCCGCCGAUAGGAAGGAUGGCGGAACCGGAGCAGCCGGAGGAAAAGGGGGAUCCGGCACGGGAGCUGGAGGUCAAUCGAAGACCCCCAAUCAGCCGAAGCCCGCUCGGGUUGUUUGGAGCAAUCUGGACAAGAACCUGUUCUUUGAGGCACUGAACGAGUGUGGGAAGGAUUUCGAAGGGAUAGUGAACUAUUUGAACACGAAGAAACGCCGGAAGGAGGGGAAUAACGAUAACGUGUUCAAGGUGAAGGACGUUAGACAUCUGUUCUAUCAGUUCAACCAAAAAGUGAGCAAGUAUUUGCACUUUUCCGAUGAGGUGAAAAGGGAAGCGCAGGAGUUGUACGGGUUGAUCAACUACGGCGAGAUGCGGAAGAAAGUUCCUUUUCAGAAUAAAAAAUACUUUCACAAGUUGAAGGAUCUGGUCUAUAAGGGUGCGGUGAUGAUUCGGGAAAAGGGUCGAAAUAUUAGAAUUAAGACUCCGUCUUGCCGAGCGUUGAGGAAACUAAAUCAACUGGAGGAAUGGCAGGAGGAAAUUCGAUUACCUCCGAGGGUGGACGUGUUUAUGAAACCAGCUACGGUUUCGGCAUGGGGUCGGGUCCAGACGUUGGCGCAGAAUCCCCGGGUGAGGAUCUCAGUCACGCUGCAGAAAAGGGUGUCGACAUUGUUGCAACUGUUGCAGGCUAAAUGGCGCCAUCAGGAUGUCCGGUUGGUCGAACGGGUAUCGAGUUUGAAGACCACCAAUAUGGUGGCUUCCUCGAAGACAGCCCGUCAGAAGGCGGGGCAUGAGCUGGACCUGUGCACGAGGAUGUCCGUUGAGACGGCGGACGAUGAGGGGUUGAAGAUUAUGCGGUUCACGCCUUCGAAAGAUGCGGUGAUCCACCGACCGAUGGUGAAUUUGACGGAGUUUAUGAGCAGUUAUAGUAUCUGUUUGAACUCGUACGAGCAAAGGAUCGGUGCGAAGGUCCGAGGAGAGGCGUUGUGCUUGGAAAAACUGAAUCAUAUCAAAGAGAAGAUGGCAGCGAACUCGAAGCGGCAGCGGCAUGAUAGUAAUUCGGAGAAGCACAGCCCCGAUGGGAAGAAAGUGAAGACUGAAUCUAAAGAGAUCAAAGAGGAAAAGUCCGUAGAGAGUGCCGAAGCGAUUGCGAAUUUGACUGACGUUCUGAAAUCGCCCAACGCAUCUUGUGAGUCAAUGGAAACAUUUAAAGAAAUUGAAGGAAAUGAAGGUGAAGUCCAAGCGCUCGUAAUCGAAAAAUCAAGUGCCGAAGCACCGGAUUUGAAGGGCUCGGAAUCGAACGAAUCCAUCAAGCUAGCGGGGAUAAGCAAAAUAAAGCUGGAUCCAGAUACGGGGGUGCCGUCCUUAGGUCAUGGUGACAAUUCAAACGAUGGCGCCCUGUCGGAAACCGAUCAACCAAAGCAAUUGAAAGGGGAGGAGCCUGCAGUGAGCAAUGAGCCUACUGCCAUUGUCGAAGAUCUCAUUAAAACGACAGUGAAGCGAAAAGAACCGCGUGAGAAGUGCAGUAAACGAAAGGACUCGAAAGCGAGUGGAGGAAUGAAUAAUUUGCCUUUUCGUCCGAUGAUCUCCGAGGAGACCAUUCAGAAAAUUCGUGAAGGUUGGACCGUGCAGAGCGUGGGCGACAUCACCGUUGGUGAUUUGUACAUAAUGUUCGGCGAGGAGAACAAGUUGCAUCUGGAGUAUCUGUGGGAGAUGCCCAAGGAGCCAAAGGUUGAGGUGGCGGUUCCCGUGGAGGCAACCGAUGCGGUGGACUCCGCGUGGCAGCAGGAACGCGUUGAUCAAGGGCAGCAGGGCUUUGUGGGUGGACUCGGUUCGUUAUUUAACAACAGUUUUGCUGCGAAUCUGAGUGGUCGUUUGAGGCAGCUGCUGCAUAUUGCUCAAAUGAAUGAGAAGACUGGCAAACGGCGUUGCCCCUGUGGGCACGUCUGCGAUCGACGGAAUAAGAUUGCUGACGCGAUGAAUAGUGCUGCCAUGUUGAACGAUCAUCUUCUGUUCAAGCAACCGAUGGUACCGACGCGGACUAAUCCUGGAGCUACUUUGGCAAACUGUAAUGUUCACCCCUCGCCGCACAUGCGCUACAAGCAAUCCCGCUGGUGGCGUAUGCGCGUCAACCGCCACCAGCAGCCCUCGAAUCGACUGAUGCUUCCGAACGGAAUUCCACCCUAUCCACAUAACAGGAUGAACCACAACAACAACAACAACUACGGCAACACUUCCAAAACUACCAACGGAAGUCACCCUCCAUCUAACAGCGUUGCCGCAACGCCACAGCCAACGCGCCAAUCGCAAUCACCCAACAACGCAAGCGUUUCUUCUCCAACCUGCAGCAGCGGCAGUACCUUGAAGGGUACUGCCGCUAAAUCUCCCAUCAGCAGCACCGACGAUCACCUUACCAAGCUCCUGGAGGACAAAAUCACCAGCAUCAGCGGUUCCGGUUCUUCAAAGCCUACGUCUUCCAAAGCGUCAUCAUCGUCGUCACCCGCCGUACUCGACGAUGGCAGCUGUCUCAGUCUGUUCGACAUAUCGUUGCCAUCUACGUCGUCCACGCUGAUGGCCGACAUCAUGAGUGGCGGCGGUGCAUCUUCGUCAGCGGCGACGACCACAGUUGAAAUCGGCGAGAACAGCAACUGCACAGCCCUUUCGGCUAGCCGAAUCUUGCGCGAAUCUCCCAUCGAUGGCAAAUUGAUCGAGACCGACAUCAAUGACAUUUCGCUAAGCAGUUUCCUCGGACAUCUGGAUGCGGUAUACCAAAAUGAAGCCCCGACCGCGAGGAAACGGGAAUCAGAUCAAAUGAACAUCAGUAUUAUCAGCGAGACAAGUGUGGACUACAUCGCCCGGUUCGAGGACAUUGCCGCCGAGCUGCGAGCCCAGCAGGAACAGGACUCCGUGUAGGAAGGAUGUCUAUCUACAGGGAUUUUUUUUGGGAUCUAUGCCCAGUACCAUGCACACAUAUUUACUCUUAUACACGAUGAUCAAGAAACGACGCCAAUCUGUAACCAGAUACAUAAAUACGUAGCAGUACUAGAAUAGUAGCUUCCAGUUUUCCUUUUUCUCAAGUUCGACAUAACGUAAGAGAUUCGAUAAAGUUUUGAUUAUUUCGAUUAUUGUUCUACACGUUAUUUAAGUAAUUAGGUCAGUCGCGCACAUUUUGUCGAACCAAACUUUAAUUAUUAGAUGACAUUGUGAAUGUUUAUGACGAUUUAUAUUGCUGUUUCUUAGGAUACGUCUCUCUCGACACUUUAGCCGCGUUUAUUUAUCAGCUGAUGCCACAUACGAUAUUACAGAAUGACUAUUAUGAAGUUGAUGCUUUUUCAUUAUCUCGAAAAUAUAUAUCCACCUGGUUUCAUUAUAGAGGAAA